AUGGAGGCUGAGGAGGAAGAGGAGGAAGAGGAGACUGAGGAGGCUGAGGAGGCAGAGGAGGCUGAGGAGGCAGAGGAGGCUGAGGAGGCAGAGGAGACAGAGGAGGCAGAGGAGGAAGAGGAGGCUGAGGAGGCUGAGGAGGAAGAGGAGACUGAGGAGGCUGAGGAGGAAGAGGAGACUGAGGAGGCUGAGGAGGAAGAGGAGGCUGAGGAGGCAGAGGAGGCUGAGGAGACUGAGGAGGCUGAGGAGGAAGAGGAGACUGAGGAGGCUGAGGAGGCUGAGGAGACUGAGGAAGUAAUGGAGGAAGAGGAGACUGAGGAGGCUGAGGAGGAAGAGGAGACUGAGGAAGAAGAGGAGGCUGAGGAGGAAGAGGAGGCUGAGGAGGAAGAGGAGGCUGAGGAGGCUGAGGAGACUGAGGAGGAAGAGGAGGACGAGGAGGCUGAGGAGGAAGAGGAGACUGAGGAGGCUGAGGAGACUGAGGAGGAAGAGGAGGACGAGGAGGCUGAGGAGGAAGAGGAGACUGAAGAGACUGAGGAGGAAGAGGAGACUGAGGAGGCAGAGGAGGCAGAGGAGGAAGAGGAGGAAGAGGAGGCUGAGGAGGCUGAGGAGGAAGAGGAGACUGAGGAGACUGAGGAGACUGAAGAGGAAGAGGAGGAAGAGGUGGUGGAGAUGGGAGCAGAUAUUUGA